UCUUGGUGGGGAGGCGUGCGCGCGCGCGCGCGCCCAAAGGCUGCAAAGAGCUCGCAGGGGGAUCCACUGGGGCUGGGGGUGACGGAGCCUGGAGGGUCCUGGGCGCCUCCUCCGGAGGGGGCGUGGCGGGCCACAGGGGAGCCUUCGGUCGUGCUCUCAACCCCAGCCGCCGCAGCGCUUUCCUUCUCGUGCAGUCAGCGGCCAGGAGCCUCCCAGACAUGUGCCUCAAGACGGUCGUGGCCGUAGCCGGGGCGUGAGCGUUACCACUUCGAGCUACUGCUGGUUCUGCAUUCUCCGUGCUUGGAUCUCAGGCUCCGUUGUGCUCUGCAGGGGAAAAACAGUAUGAAGGAGGCAAUGUCAAAUAACAGUACAACAAGUAUAUCUCAAGCAAGGAAAGCAGUGGAGCAAUUAAAAAUGGAGGCAUACUUGGACAGGAUAAAGGUAUCCAAGGCUGCUGCUGAUUUAUUGGCAUACUGUGAUGCCCAUAUGGGAGAAGAUCCACUUAUCAUACCAGUGCCUGCAUCUGAAAAUCCCUUCAGGGAGAAGAAGCUGUUGUGUACUAUUCUUUGAAUUCCCUUACAAUUAAAAAAAAAGUCCUAUGUGAAAUAUUACUGAUGAUGCAUGCUUGUCCUGAAGACUUCAUCUGGGUUGCACAAUAAUUUAGUUCAGUAAUGACUUUCUUAGAACACAGUACCAUUUGAUGUUACUGUAAGUAUUUUACAUGAAUGUUUAAGAUAAUGUAACAUUUUCUAUUAAUGCUCUAUACUAAAUAUUUCUGUUGUUGACAGUAAUUUUGUUAUGAAGGGACUCCAUUUGGUCUCAUAUGUCUGCUAGAUUGCUAGUUAGCCAGUUUUGUGUGAAUGUGUAUGUUUGUGAGAGAAACAGCUAUUGAUAGGAGCAAUACCAACUCUCAGAUUUAAAAAAAAUGUUUUAGUUUAAGAAAGAUUCAUUUAGUAAAUAGUGUUGUGCUUGGUGAUACCAAUGAAAAUGUUAGAGAUUUUCAGAAUCUAGGUUUACUUCUCUGUUUUAGAGAUGAAUCUGCUAGAUUGCUCAACUUUAAUUUUUGACAGCAUCAAUAAAUUCCAGAUGAUGGGCACAACCUAAAUCUACAAGCCACAGUAAGACUGUGCUGAUAUUAAGCCACGGGUCAUAAUAACACACUAGAAGAUUAGCAAGGGCAAUAUGUGUAGCAAGAACAACUGAAGAAUUGUUGCUCAGGCAACUGAAGAAUUGUUCCACAGGUUUAAAUGGUACUUUUUACAAGUAUUGAAUCUUACACUUCCAGUUUAGCAUUAUAAAACAGUGCAGAUAGCUAUCCCCUGGAUGUUCUUUUAAUAAUUGCUUUUAUCCCAGGUUGGUCACUGCAUGCUCUUUUUACAACUCUGCAUGCAUUAAGUAAUUGUGUUUUCUUUCUUGUUGCCUUAAGUUAGCUUUUAUCCUUAAACAUUUCCUUGCGUCCUCUAAAUAAGGGCAAAAGGAUUCGUGUAAUUUUUCCUUUUGGACAACCACCUUUAACUUGCCUCAUGCUCUGCUUUCAACCGUGUUGACCUAAGUCCUUUUCUCCUAAUUCAUGUUUUUAUGCUUUUGAUAUUAAUUUAAUAAAGAGGAUUUUGAUUUGUGA